CUCACACUCCUGUACUGCGAGAGAAACAGACCUCCCAUUUCGAAGCUUGUUCACUUUGACUUGGAUUCUCAUCCCCUGCAAGUUACAAAAGCUCAGGCGUCUUUACAACACAGAAAGUGAUACAGAGCUCCAUACCAUAGCAUCAUUCAUUGAUGGCGUCUUUGACGAUCUUUCUGAAGAAAAGAUCCACUCUUUCUCUCUGCAAUGAAGCCCGGAGAAUGAAGAGACUCUUCUCAUCCACUGCACAACCCAUCGCUGAAUCUUCAUUUGUCGAAAGAAUCAGAAAUCUUCCCAAAGCUCUACCUGGAACCCACAUCAAAACUGAAGUCUCCCAACUUAUUGGUAGAACACCCCUUGUGUACCUGAACAAAGUCACUGAAGGCUAUGGAGCCUAUAUUGCUGCCAAGCAAGAGAUGUUUCAGCCCACUUCCAGCAUAAAAGACAGACCAGCACUUUCUAUGUUCAAUGAUGCUGAAAAGAAAGGCUUAUUAAUUCCUAGAGUGACAACUCUAAUAGAGCCAACAUCAGGAAACAUGGGAAUCAGUAUGGCUUUUAUGGCUGCGAUGAAAGGGUACAAGAUGAUUUUGACCAUGCCGUCUUACACGAGCUUGGAGAGAAGAGUAUGUAUGAGAGCCUUUGGAGCUGAGUUGAUCCUGACUGACCCUACUAAAGGCAUGGGAGGGACUGUUAAGAAGGCUUAUGAUAUUUUGGAAUCCACUCCAAAUGCCGUUAUGCUCCAACAAUUCUCAAAUCCUGCUAAUACUCAGGUACAUUUUGAAACUACAGGACCUGAGAUAUGGGAGGAUACUAAUGGAAAAGUCGACAUCUUUGUAAUGGGAAUUGGUAGUGGAGGCACCGUCUCUGGGGUUGGGCAAUAUCUGAAAUCUCAAAACCCUGACUGUAAGAUAUAUGGAGUGGAGCCUGCUGAAAGUAAUAUACUAAAUGGUGGUAAACCAGGUCCUCAUUGGAUUACUGGCAACGGGGUUGGAUUCAAACCCGAUAUAUUGGACAUGGAUAUAAUGGAAAGAGUUCUUGAGGUUAAAAGUGAAGAUGCAGUAAAUAUGGCAAGGCAGUUGGCAGUGAAAGAAGGACUUAUGGUUGGGAUAUCAUCCGGAGCCAACACUGUGGCAGCCCUUGAGCUUGCUAAAAAGCCAGAAAACAAAGGAAAACUUAUAGUGACUAUUCAUGCAAGUUUCGGGGAGCGUUACUUGUCAUCUGUCCUGUUUGAAGAGUUAAGGAAGGAAGCUGAAAACAUGCAGCCAGUCUCAGUUGACUAAUUUCUUGAGUAGAACUGUUCAAACUGAUGUUUGUGAAUUGCAAACCUGUUGUACCAAUGUACUGAUUGAUUUCUGUUGCAAUGAGACAAGGACAAUAAUGUAUCAAAUGUCUCAUCAUUAGCAGCUUGAUUUAAAUUCCAAAACUGUAUCCUGUUAUUGUAAUUUGUAAUUCAUUGUGAUUCUCAGAAGUUCAGAUCAUAUAUACAAGCUGAUAUUACAUCAAAAAAGUAGCACUGCAGCACCAUCCUUCCCAGA